AUGACACUUGAAGAAAAACUCACACGGCUGAAUGCUUUGCUCAAAGACAUGGGCAGUGUGGUAGUGGCAUUUUCGGGUGGCGUUGACAGCGCGUUUUUGGCGGCAGCGGCACAUCGGGUCCUCGGCGACCAAGCGCUGGCAGUAACUGCGGUCUCCGCGAGUUAUGCGUCUGGCGAACUCGAAAAGGCGCAAGCACUGGCCGAGCAAAUUGGCAUUCAACUCGAUGUCGUCUAUACCCGGGAGAUGGAAAAUCCCGAUUAUGUCAAAAACGAUCCCAAUCGGUGUUUUCACUGCAAGAGUGCCCUGGCCGAUAAGCUGGACGAAGUAAUCGAACACUAUGCAGGGCAGUUCGAGUAUUUGCUUUACGGCGCGAUAGCCGACGAUGUUGGCGACUAUCGCCCGGGUAUGGCAGCCGCUGAAUCCCGGGGUAUUCGCGCGCCAAUGGUCGAAUUGGGAUUCACCAAAGAUGACGUCAGAACAUUGUCAAAACAAUGGCACUUGCCCACCUGGGACAUGCCCGCAUCGGCGUGUUUGUCUUCUCGAAUCCCCUAUGGAACAGAGGUCACAGAGGACGCAUUGCAUAAAAUUGAUCGCGCCGAGCAAUUUUUGAAAGCGCGUGGAUUUGAACAAGUGCGCGUUAGGCAUCACGAGGAUAUUGCCCGCAUUGAAGUUCCGCCUGAAGAUCUGACGCGUUUUUUUCAGGAUGGUACAAACGAGGCUGUUGCCCAGACACUCAAGAAUAUUGGGUAUCGCUAUGUGACCCUGGAUCUUCAGGGUUAUCGCACGGGCAGCUUGAAUGAAGCAUUAUUAAAAAUAGAGACGAAGGGCGUCUCGCUCCUCUAUACGGAGAAGUAG